AAUCCAGCAUGAAUCAUGUUUAUUGUAGUGGAUCCAACAUUUUUCAUUUUCGACAUUUCAAGUGAAACAAGUCUCAAUCGAUCUAGCAAUUAUGGAGGAGGGAGGAGGAAGACAGUUCCCAAUGAACCACCUUACACAGCUUACGUAGGCAACUUGCCAUCCAACGUUGUUCAGGGUGAUUUGGAUAGGAUAUUCGAGAAUCAAAAGAUUAAAACUGUCAGACUGGUGAAAGAUAAAGACAGCGACAAAUUCAAAGGCUUCUGCUACGUGGAAUUUGAAAAUAGGGAAAGCUUGGAAGAGGCUCUCAAUCUGGGAGACAUCUAUGUGGACAGUCAUCUGGUUCGUGUUGAUAUUGCUGAUAAUAGGAGACAAAAUCGAGGAGGCGGAGGAGGCGGAUUCGAUCACAGAGGAGGUCACAGAGGAGGAGGAGGAGGUGGGUUCCGAAGGAACGAUGGUCCCCCGGGCAGUCGGUUUGCGGGACCGGGCAGAAGAUACAGUGAGGAGGAUGAUUACGGCAGACAAUUCAACCGAGGAGGAGGUCCUGGAAGUGGGAGGAUGAUGAGUGGUGGGGGGGACCAGCGAGGCAAUCGGGGGAGUUACGGACAAUUUCAUGAAAAUAAUGCCGGAGGGGGAGACGGCGGUUACAGUUUCGGUGGGGGGCGAGGAAGCCGAGACUUCCAGAGACAGGGGCGAGGGGGUCCGGGGUUGAGCCGGCCCGGUGGUAACUAUAGUCGACAUCGACCUGACUCCGGGUUCACUAGCUCUUCCUCAUUGGAUAGCGGUGGCAAGGAUGAUUCAGGAGUUACCCGUCAGAAACUAGUAUUGACUCCGCGAAAAGUGAGUGAACCAUUGAAUCAGAUGGCUGAAACGAGUCAGGCGUCUGCUAUCUUCGGAGGUGCAAAGCCUCGUCAAGAAAGGCUUCCAAGCCAACAAUAAUAACUUCAACUUUUCAGUGGUUCGUUGAUAUGUUCUAUUGAAAAGAAUGAAGGAAUGGCAUUUUUAUAUGAAUCCAGUUGGCAGCGAAUUAGUUGACAUUAGGCUUGUUUCAAACCAAGGGAAGUCUUUUUUAUAUAACCAGGACUAUAUUGUUAGGUUUAACUGAUAGAACAUUUUGAAUUUGCUUGGCAAUAUUCUUUCAGAUGAUAAUCGAAUCAAUUGUCUAUUAUUCGUUUUCUACAAAUAAUGCUUUUCAUUUUUAUUAUGAUUUAGUUGAGUUUGCUUCAAAUUAGAGUUAGCAUUCAAAAACUCAUUGUUUACAUGGCAUUGUCAGACUUGUGGCCAAAAGAGUAAAGUGAGGAUCACACUACUGUAUAUAUUGUAAAUUGACAAUUGAUUACUCGUAAAUAAUAAACGUAGUAGAGUGGGAGAGUGUAUUUUGAAUCGCUCAGACUUUCUAACAAAUAUAAUAGUUUCACAAUCAGUUUAUUAAAAUGAAACGCAUCGUGUUGAAAUUCUAAAAUUGUAAUAUCAGUCAUCUCUAAUUCAAAUCUUCUUUAACCCCAUCAAAUCUAUAUUAAUACUAAUCUGGAAUAUUUGAAAACUAAAAUUACUCAUAUUUUAAAAAAAUUGUAAAUCUCGGUAAAUGUUUUUACCAAACAGAAUAUUGGUCAUUCAGAAAUGUUUAGUUUGUCCAUACGAUACAGUACCUCAAUGAUUUACUCAGAUUAUGAGUAUGAUUUAAUUUAUUUCUUCAAUAAAAUGUGUAUUGAAAUACUUGUAAUUUGCAGGUCACCUUAUAUUUCUCAUUUAUUAUCUUAUAUCAAUUCAAAAAUCUUUAUUACUCAUACAAAUAUAUAACGAUAUUAAUAAAAUACUCUAUAAAAUUAUUACUGCAAUACGAAUUGGAUUCAUGAACAAUCUACUAAAUAUUAUUUAAUAUAUUUGUUAUGUAUAUAACACGAUAUCCGAUGCAGUACAAGGGUAGUAAAGAAGAUAAUUAAGUUCAAAUGUAAGUACGUGAGCAAAACCAGGAAAAUUAUUUUAAUGUAAAUAAAAAUCUAUUCUUGGUCGAAAUUUAAUCCUAAUGUAAAUUAUUUAAUAUUAUGAAUAUUGUCAAUUAUCUAGAGCUUAUCAUCUAUUUCAAUAUUCUUUUUCUUUAUAAUAAUGACUGUCACUCCAUAUUAUUUAUUAUUUUAUAUUUAUUCAAUGUUGCUCGAUAUUAUUUUGAUAUAUUUUUGAUUAUUUUGAUUUAUAAAGUGAUGAUUUAUUGUUAUUUUGGCUGAAAUAUGAUAUUAAUUGAUAUUGAUUUAGAACUUAUUUUGUCCCAGUAUACUGCAAAUACUGUUGAAAUAUGAUAUUGAUUUAGAACUUAUUUUGUCACAGUAUACUGCAAAUACUGCUGAAAUAUGAUAUUGAUUUAGAACUUAUUUUGUCCCAGUAUACUGCAAAUACUGUUGAAAUAUGAUAUUGAUUUAGAACUUAUUUUGUCCCAGUAUACUGCAAAUACUGCUGAAAUAUGAUAUUGAUUUAGAACUUAUUUUGUCCCAGUAUACUUCAAAUACUGCUGAAAUAUGAUAUUGAUUUAGAACUUAUAUUGUCCCAGAAUACUGCAAAACUGUUAUCGUUGUAUAUACAUUCCCACUCAAGCCAGUUACUUUAUAAUAAGCAUUUUAGUGUGUUUAUUCUGUAUUGUGCGUAUAUGUUGUGAAUUUAAGUGUCAGUAAUACAUCACCUGACGCUCAUAUAGAUUAUAUUUGUUAAUUAUUGUAAGGGUGCGUUAAGCCUUACAGUACGAAGACAUGAAGAUAUAAUGCUCAAUCAUCUUUUAAAGAACUAUGUUUGAACUAUCAAUCAUAACAGAAUUAGAUAGUUUCAAUGUUAUGAUAUCAUUCUCCACGUUUAGUGAAUUAAGCAGUCAAAAUUUGCGAGCUAGAUCUUGUACAGAUUCUUUCAUUGUAAGAAUUAAUUGUCAAAAAAAUAUAUGAAUGUAUUAGUACUGUACCUUUCUAUUAGUAUUGCUUUUGUUUUCGAUUGGCUGUUAUUAAUUAAUAUAGUUAGAAUCACGCUUAUCCAAGCGUUCAUAGUUCAAA